UGACUUCAGAUGAUUCGCGGGCGUAAUAGCCCUUAUGUGCGACACCAGAAAACCUUCCUUCACCACAGGGCGAAACGAUCACGAAAGCAUCACGACUUAGGGCAGAAGAACGCUGCUAGAGUGUGGUGGCUAGAUCCGUCCACAUCCCUCGAACGAAGUGUAUGUUCUAUACAGUUGGGAUGAUGACUCGGAAGAAAGACUUUGUUGACCAUUAGGCUGGAAACUAAGCGUAUAUAUAAACCACCCCAAGAUGCCCUCACCAACGCUUUUGAAAUUCACCAUCUUAUUCUCGGCUCAUUCCACCCAGUUAAAGUCUUGACGGCUCUCACCUUUAAUAUCUUAUUCAGAUCAAUUACUAAUACUACUCAACUGCCAAAAUGCGCGUUCCUCAGCUCAUUCUCUCCCUCUUCCUCCUCUUUACUUUCGUCGUUGCUCUGCCGGUGCCGGCACCAGCAGACGCCCUUGCCGAGCGGGCGCAAAGCGCAUCUAAGAAGAGCAGCGCGGCGGGGAGAAAGAAAGAAGCCAAUGGCAUCGACAAGAACAUUAAUAUCCAGAAGCAGGAGCAAAAGGACGUCAAGAAGGUCCAAAAGGCCGAAGGCACAAAGGACUUCAAGAAGCAGUCGGGUCAGCUCAACAAGGACAUUGCCAAAGGACAGAAGCAGCGCGAGAAGAACCAAAAGAACGCGGACCCCAACAACAAGAAGCUGAAUGACGGCCUCAAGAAAGUCCAAGGAGCUCAGGCCAAGGAGUCAAAGCAAGCCAAGAGUCUGAAGGGCAAUAAUUCUAAGCAAGACAAGGCUACUCUUAAUAAGCUCUCUGGCGAAUUCAAGGGUGGAGAGCAGCAGAACAAGAAGAAUAAGCAGGCCGCGCUGAGUGGUGGUGGUGGUGGCAAGAAGAAGGGCGGAAGAUCCUUGGAGGCUGAGGGGACUGAGGAGAUGGAGUAGAGAAAGACUUCUCUGGUCAAGACAGAUGUCGCUUAUUGACUGUUCUCGAUGGGCAGACAAUCCACAACGGAAUGAGAAUGGGCAAGUAUCGAGAUCACAGGAUGGACGUGCAGAGAGUUUGGAGACUGAUGCAAUGAGAAUGGAAUCUGCCAUCCGUAAAGUACCUAAUUUCACACCUGAAGUCCUGAAUACAAUGCACUUGUGC